AUGUCCUUAGGUUUUCCUACGGGGGCGAUAGAAACUUUUCCAAAUAGCGGCACGUUCAAGCAUUUAAAUAUCGAAGGAAUUCGUGAAUCUAGAAUGAACUUUCUACUUAGAAACAAAUCGUUUGACAUUUCAUCAGAUCAAUCAGAAGGUUUCUCUACACAUAAUGAUGAAUUCUCCCCUAAAGCUGUCGUUCUUAAAUUUAUAGAAAUAAAUCAAAGCAGAAAAGCUGUCAAAAAAAAUAUCGAUCUAAUAUCAAAGACGUGUAUAAGUAAAAAAGGAAAGAAACGUCUUAAAAACUGA